AUGGACCAGGCCUCUUUCUUUCUGACCAAGUUCGUGGUGGACGGGCUCGCCGAAUUCAUUGCCCUGGGGGAGCAGGGUGUCGACAUUGUGAAUGCCUUCGUUGGUCUGGCAUCGCAGUUGCUACAGAUGCCUGACGAUGACGAGGUGUAUAUCGAGAAGGCGCCUGCAGUGGCAUUGAACUACUUGCAGCGCGUUUUGAAAGUUGUCAACUUCCUGGACGGCGUGCAGCCAUCCAGUUCGACGCCACCCAGCGUGUUCGCCGACAUCCAGUCCGUGGUGAACGGCCCGUUGAAGGGCAAUGCCGAUGGCGACCCUUUCGCGUUCGUCGGCAAGGCUCUCGAUCAGGAACCGUUCUGGAAGAAAAAACUCGGGAUCCUCGAGCGCACGGCGACGAUGUGCUCUCACCAUUUUCCUGAGAUGAACCGCGUCAUCUCUCUCAUCAAGAAGCUUUCCACUGACCCUUCUGCGGAUUACCUGGAGAAGUUUCACGACUACUUGCGGCAGGUGCAGUUCGUCUUGGAGGCCGUUGGCGCCGAAUUUGGCAAGGACCUGGAGGCCGCGACCCUGAACUCGUUGACCACUUCAGUCCAUGAGUUCCUAAAGCAAGCCAGCGACGGGACCAUCCUCCCAGCUAUUGGCGCUAAGCUGGCGGCCUCGUACAUCGAAGUCCUACACACGGCAGAGACGGUCAUGCCUUUUUCCUGUGAAGUUGGUCGGUGCACGGAGGAGGUCAAGAAGAAGAAAACGGAGCUGGAGACUUCGAAGAACAAGAGUUCUUUCCUGGAGGUGCUUGAUUCCGUCGCCAGCGGAACAUGCUCAGCUGAGGAUUUCAAGAAGAUCGGUGAGACCACGGAUUUGUCACUAGUGCAGGGCGACUCGGUGGUUCAGGCGAAGCUUUCGGACGCGCUGGAGUCGACCUUGAAAAAACUAGUAGAUGCGGAUGCGAUUCCAGCCUCUGACCUCGAGCUUCUAGAGAGCAUGCAGGACACGAUGAACUCCGCCAUCCGCUCCAGGGCGAACGUCGCGGUGAAGCACCUCCGCGCUGUCAUGAAUCUCAACGACGCUUUGGCUAUGGUCUUCGCAUUGGGCGAUGGCGAUAUCGCCAAGGUGGUUGGGCACGCGAAGAUUGACGACGAGCUCCAUAAGGCCUCCAGGGCGGUCAACCAGGUGAAGGCUUGCCCAUCGGCGACUGCAGGUGAUGCUACCUUGAUCGCGCUCACCGCCAAGUGCGCGGGCAUCGCCGAGAAGCAGAUCAGCGACUACCAGCAGGUAUGCGAGAAGUUCGUGGACUCCUUGCGGGAGGCGGCGCGCCAGGCUUUGGCCAAGUUCGGGUCGGGCCUGCUGGACAAGCUGAAGGCUGAUCAGUGGAUGAGCGAGAUCAACGCGUCCGUGGAUUGGGACGAGGCGAAGAAGAUCACCGCCACCGUUCUCGCCGACCUCAACGACGAGCAGAUCUUGGCGCACUGCAGUGCGUGCAAGAAGGCGUUCGAGGCCUACUCCGAGAAGUCCAAGGAGCUCAAGUUGGCGGUCGACGCUGAGCUGAAAGGCACCGUUGACGACGCGCUCCACUGGGUCCAGAACGUAACGUUCGCAUACAUGGUCGUGAAGGGGAAGCUCGACAAUGAGGGCAGCACCAACCCAGCAGUGGACACGCGCGAGGCCAUGGUGCAGCUCCAAGCCCGCAUGUCUGAGGCUGGGUUUGUGCCUGGCCGCCGUCUCCCGUCGGUGGUGCUGAGCUUCUACAGGGCUGGCUUGCGCAUGGCGUGA